UACGGUCACAAAGUUUCACUAUUUAAACAAACAAACCAGAAAUUCAAUCACAUUUUCAUAAGCUCCACUCCACUCAAACUCUCUACUCAGAAAAAAAAAAAAAAAAAAAAAAAAAAAAAAAACCCUAAAUCAAUCGCAUUUUUCAUAAUCCUCAUUUGAGUUUUUAUCUGCUUGCAAUCAAUUAUCCACUUUCGAUUCUUGAUUUUUUUAUUUCCCUGAAUUCAGUGUGACAACAGAUUGGGCGAAAAACAAUCGGAAAAUCAAAUGUUGCGCACAGAGCCAUCGUUUUCAAUAUACGGCGCCGACGAUGAUAAGUUUGGGGUUGAAGAAUCCACAAAUGAAGAUUUGAUCAAACAGAAGCUGAUUGAGAAUAAGGGAAUCGCCGCUGCUGGUAAAAGCUUAGACUCUCAAUUUAGCUUCGGCCGAACCGAGAUGCGAUUGAUUGAGGAAGACGAUGGUGUUGAAGACGAAGAAGAAGAAGUUAGGGCAUCGAACAAAUCCGAAGAUCCCAAAAUUGAAAUUCGAGGCGGUGGGGAUGAAUUUGAGCCGUCGGAUUCUGAUCGUGAUGGUGAUCCUGAUAUGCAUUACAGUAAAAUGGUUCGAAGAGAUCCUUCUAACCCAUUGAUUUUGAGAAAUUAUGCUCAAUACCUAGAGUCGAAAUGGGAUUUCGCCGGUGCAGAGGAAUAUUAUUACCGGGCGACGGAGGCGGAUCCGAAAGAUGGUGAAGCACUGUCUCAGUAUGCAAAGCUUGUGUGGGAAAUCCAUGGUGAUCAAAUUAGAGCCUCGAAUUAUUUCGAAAGGGCAGUCCAGGCUUCUCCUCAAGAUAGCAAUGUUCUUGCUGCAUACGCGAGUUUCUUGUGGAAAAUUGAUGAAAGCGAGGAAGAACACUUGUCUAACACUGAGGUUGAUGAAAGCUCAGACCUUGCGGAUGUCUCGACUGCAGAUUUCGAAAAAGAAAAGAGGCCAUCAAGCCCGUCUAUGCAUCUGGCGAUGGGGCUCGGAGUUAACGUUGAUGGUUUUGGUGAUUCGAGUAAUGAAGUUUCUUACAUAAGCACACACUUAGACGAGGAUUACUUAAAGAGGAUGGUCGAUGAAAAUCCUCGUAACCCUUUGUUUCUUGGAAAUUAUGCUCGGUUUUUGCAUCAAUCGAAAGGAGACCUCAACGGAGCCGAAGAAUAUUACACGCGUGCAAUACUAGCAGACCCCGAAAACGGGGAGAUGCUAUCUCUAAAUGCUACUAUAGUUUGGCAGCUUCACCGAGAUUAUGAAAGAGCUCUAGCCUACUUCGAACGAGCAGUUGAAGCAACUCCACAAGACAGCGAUGUGCUGGCGGCAUAUGCUAAAUUUCUUUGGGAAACGGAGGCUGAAGAACAGAUGUAAAACGAGAAUAUAAUGAAAUUUCAUAGGAAUGCAUUUACGAAACAGGGCAAGUGGUAUCUUAGACAAUCAGAAUACUAAAUAGAGUUGGAAAAGUUGCACCUCAUUCGAAUAUAUUGUAAUUGAAUUUGCAAAAGCAUAUACGAUGUCGUUCUGAUCGAUAAUAUAAUAAAUCUUCAUGUGCCCUA